UAUUAAUGCAAUAAAUGGAGCCCAUCAUCGCCAAGUUGCGCAUAUUAGAAUUGGACGAAUAUGAACCACUAAAGAAAUAUUUCCCAAACGUAACACACAUCCUCUCAAUCUGUAGCCCAAACUCAAGUUAUCUCAAGUCGUCUUUGGAAUACUAAUCAUCUCAAUCCUGUGCACUUUUAUGGGCAUCGCAUCAAGAGUUGUGACUGGCUUGGUUGGAGCCCUGAUUCCCUCCUUUUAAGCAAUCAAUAAAUACCAAACCACUGGUAGAAUGUGAUCAAACUGAUAUUAGGUGAGAUUUACACGUGCCUUCCUUAUUUCAUCAUAUUUUCGACCUACUUGACCUUCCAAGGCUGGAUUAUGUGGAUCUUUUCUUUCAUCCCCUGUUUAGACACCAUGUGUCUCUUGUUUGUCUUGGCUCUAUAUCAUCCAGAUGUGCAAUUAUCAAAUAAAAUUUGGACUUUUCUAUAGAAAGUUAUGUGAG